AUGUCCCAAAUUGCUGAUGAAGAAGACAAGAUAUCGCGACGCUCUUCGAGGAGUUUAUAUGCGCCCUUGUCAGCGGCCUCGAACGAGAGAAGUUGGUCGUCUAAUGUGUUACUCGCUCGUCAUCUUAUCUCAUCCAGUCUCCCGAGCGAGCGGAACCCGGAAUUAGCCGGCGCGGGAAGGUUCCGCGGACAUGGAAGGGCGUCUUGGCACCAAACAGGCGCCAGAAAGCUUUGGCCAUCCGCAACCCCGCCGGCAAAAAACAACAAACAAGAGGCGAUGACUAAGCUGAAUAACACCAACUGCCCCUCUCCCGAAAGAAGAAAGAGCCGGGAGAAGGAAACUGCCUUCCUCUUUUUCUUUUUUCCGUUCGUUCCUUCCGUCUUUGUGAUCCCACGGGAUUCUCCAUUUUCCCUGGCCAACAUUCCCUUUGGCAUUAUCUCAACAGCGGCGCUGGCUGACCCCCGACCGGCUGUUGCCAUUGGUGACUAUGCACUGGACCUCUUCGCCUUCUCCUCUGCUGGUGGUUUCUCCAAGCUUUCCUCUUUCUCUUCACACAUCGACGUCUUCACUAAGCCCACUUUAAAUGACUUCGCCGCUCUGGGAAGACCGGUUCACCGUGAGGUCAGGGGCUACCUACAGGACAUUUUCCGCGAUUCUACCCCUUACCCAGAGAUCCUCAAGACCAACGAGGACCUCAAGGGAAAAGCUCUCGUCCCGCUGAAGGAUGUCACCAACCAUCUACCCAUGAAAAUUGGUGAUUACACUGAUUUCUAUGCUGGCCUAAACCAUGCCUUUAACGUUGGAGUUCUGUUCCGUGGGCCUGACAAUGCCCUGCAGCCAAACUACAAACAUCUCCCCGUUGGAUAUCACGGCCGUGCCUCUUCCGUCAUUGUCUCUGGCCAGCCCGUCCGCAGACCAAACGGUCAGAUCCUAGCUAACCCAGCCGCCACCCCCAAGGUUCCAAUCUUUUCCCCUUGCAAGAAACUCGAUAUCGAGCUUGAAUUGGCUGUCUUUGUUGGUAAGGGGAACAAGCUAGGAGAGCCCAUCCCCAUUGACCAGGCUGAAGAUCACCUGUUUGGUGUCGUCUUGAUGAAUGACUGGUCUGCUCGUGACAUCCAGGCAUGGGAGUAUGUUCCUCUUGGCCCAUUCAACGCAAAGAACUUUGCUACCUCCAUCACCCCUUGGGUUGUCCUCAUGGAUGCCCUCGAGCCUUUCCGUUCCACUGGUCUCGCUGCUGAAGAAGGGCUCGAUAAUUUGCUGCCUUAUCUUCGUGAGAAGAGAGCGGAGAACGUGUACGACAUGCAACUUCAAUUUGAUCUCAAACCAGCAAACAGCAGCUGCACCUCGACCGUGGCCAAGACCAAUGCAAAGAACUUACUCUACUCCUUUGCCCAAAUGCUUACCCACCACUCUGUCACCGGUUGCAAUAUGAACACUGGUGAUUUGCUUGGCAGUGGAACCAUCUCUGGGAAGGAGACUGGCACACUUGGAAGUUUGCUCGAAAAUACUCAGGGUGGAAAGCAGCCUAUGAAGUUGUCCGAUGGUAGUGAACGUGUCUUCCUUGAAGACGGCGAUGAGGUUACUCUCAAAGGCAUAUGUGGUGAAGAGGGAAGCUAUGUCGGGUUUGGAAACUGCACUGCUACCAUUCUCCCUGCCCCCGUUAUCAACUAA